AUGGCGGAGCCACCACCCAAGAAACCCCUAUUCCAAUUACCUUCACAAAGUGAAAUAGAAAAGAGGCAGCGAGGUUUACGCGAGAAGGUCCCGGAGCUCAGGUUCAAUGCCGGUGCGAGCGGUGCGAACCCGAGGAGCAGUUCAAAGACUAUCGCAGCUGGACCAUCCCAUCCCGUAACGAAUGCACCAGCAGGACCCAGCCAUCCUACUACGAGACCGCCAGCAGGGACCACCCAUGCUGCCGCGAGACCACCAGGACCCAGCCAUCUCGGGGGAAGACCAAUAGCUCCAUCGAGAACAGGGGAAGUAACUAGGGCAGGUGCAGCACGUCCGUCAGAAGGGCAGCAACAACAUCUGCAACGGCCGCCAAGACCGCCAGCACAGUUACAGCCACCGCAGGGGCAGCCCGCGGGACCACCGGGAGGGGGAAACCCGGCACCGGCGGCAUUGAACCGUACUGGCUCGAAUCCGACGAAGCGAACGAAAGGACCAAAUGCCGUUGUAGUUAACAGUUGCCAGAGGGGAAACGGCGUAUUGAACUUCAUCAAGAACGUGCCGUGGGAGUAUGGAGACAUUGUGCCGGAUUACCAGGUCGGGCAGACGAGCUGUGCUCUCUUUCUCAGCUUGAAGUAUCAUCGAUUGCAUCCUGAAUAUGUUUAUACCCGGAUAAAGCAGAUGGGGCACAACUACCUGCUUAGAGUGCUUAUGGUGCUAGUCGACAUCGAUGAUCAUCAACCAAGCAUCCGAGAUCUGACUCGGAUAUGCAUAUACAACAACAUGACGCUUAUGUUGGCAUGGAGUCAAGAAGAGGUCGGCCGGUAUCUGGAAACCUUCAAAGCAUAUGAGUUCAAACCGCCAGAUCUGUUGAAGGAGCGCGUUGAUUCCGAUUACUUGGCGAAGCUCACGGAUGCAUUGACGCAAAUCAAAACUGUUAACAAAACUGAUGUGCUGACCUUAGCAUCCGCAUUCGGGUCACUCCGCGGCAUCAUCUCCGCAAAACCAGACGAGCUCGCGCAAUGUCCCGGAUUCGGGGAGCAGAAAGUGCGGCGUAUACAUGAGGCGUUCCAGCAGCCGUUCUUGUUGAGCAAAAAGUCUAGGACGGGAUGA